GCCCACUGGCGGCCCAGCGACACGGAUAGUCAGCGGUGGAGGGGCUGAGUGGUCGGGCCAGCGAUAACGCGGAUUGGGCAGUCUGGAGGUGUGGUUCCAAGGUUCUGCGACAGAACGCUGGUGAAACAAGUGACCCGAACUCGAUCGCGACGAAUUUCAGGCCGGAGUGAUUGGAUACAAGGGCAGCUCGCACCAGUGGCACAGCGGCGAAACUGUAGUGUCUGAGGCCGCCACAAGAUGGCGACAUCGUGGCAGGGCUGCCGCAGCGCGCGGUACCAGCCGUACAGCAACGCCAGUGGCGUCAUCGGCAGCGGCGGCGUGGGCGGCAUCGGCGGCGGCGGCAUCGGCGUCGGCGUUGGCAGCGUGGCCGCCAUCGGCGGUGGCGUGGGCGGCGGCGGCGGAGGCGGGGGCGGAGAGAGCAUGGCCGUCGGAACCGGCGCCGUCACGCGCUACAACAGCUACAAGGCGGUGAACCCGUUCCUGUGGCCGCGCCAGGAGCGCAGCCAGCGCACCUGGUGGGGCCCGAGCGUGUUCGGGCCGCCCUGGUGGGCGUUUCUACCCAACCGCAGUUUCCCCUGCUGCCUGGUGGCGCUGGUACGAACGACCAACGCCUCGAUCGGCAUCAUCCGGCACUUUGUGGGCUUCCUGGCUCGCUGCAAGGAGACGGACGCGCCGCCGCCACCGCCAGAGAUGGUGCAUCCGGAGCAGCCCGGUCAGCCGCUCUCAGAAAAGAAACCCUGCAACGUGGAAAGUCAUGACCACAGAAAUGAGGUGUACGGACUGUCACGGUUCUGGCUGUCCACGGAGAUGGGCACCAACCCGGCUAAACAGGACAUCUCCUUCUUCUGCAACCCGGGCCGCAGCACAGACGAGAUCGAGACCAUCGUUCUGGGCGACACCAGCGGCACCACGGUCGACGCCGAGACGGGCGAGGUGGCGCUCGUGUCUCGCGAUGGCGAGUCGGGCGAGACCAUGCUGGUGCACGCCGUGCGUGACCUCACGCGCGAGAUCGUGCUUACGCAGAGUCUGUACGAGAUCGACGUGCGCCGCCAGUACUUCAGUGACCCGGUCAAGUACGGUCACCUGCUGCGCGAGUUGGAUCUGCUGGCGCAGCCGCCCUGCCGCCGUCUGAUCAAACCCCUGCACGGUACCAUGGGCGACGGGGACACGCUCGAGGCCAUCCCCGUCAACGGGGAGCAGCUGCUGCAACUCUGUGUGGCCUAUGGCUUCAGCGAGGCUGAGACACAGCGGGUACUCGAGCACUUCCAGUACAUGCGCGCCCGGCUGGAGCAGCCGCCGUCGGCACCCGGCAGAGGGUUCCCCUGUUCGCAGGGAUCGUUCGGGUCGCCCGCGGCGCCCGGCACGACACCGCACCCUCCCAGUCCACCGCCGACGCCCGGUAUGCGUUCAGAGCGACGCGGACCCAGCUUCUCUGCAGCCCUGCGCGGGGGGUUCGGGAUGCAGCUGCCGGCCGGCCAGCGGCUGUGCGUGCAGGCUGGCGGCGCACCGUUCGUCCGCGACGGACUCGGCGGCGACCACUCGAGUGACCCCAGCCUGCAGAUUGGCGAGAUGAUGGAAACCGACUCCGGCGGCAGCAGCGACGGCGGCGACUUCCUGACGCGCCACGAAGCUGACCUGAGCGCCGGUGCCGACGUGCCCGUGCACUGGAUCGAGGACUGGCCGGAGGCGGCGGCCACCGACCCCUACCGUCGCUCGGUGUCGUUCGACGCCGACAGCGGCGAGUCGUGCUGACGGGAGAGGGGAGCGGAGACAAUGGUGGGGAAGGGCGGAAAACGCUGCGAGGAGCGGCGGAGAGCACUGCGAGGAGCGGAAGCCAGGGUGUGUACUGUGUACGGAAGGAGUGCCGCUGGAAGUGGGGAACGUAAAAGAUGCGU